AUGCAAUUAAAAGUUUUUCAGGCUCCUACCGUCAUCUUAAAAUCAGGGGUCUAUACAAAGAAAAUAACGCUCGGUACGUUGGCACACCAUGUUUUUAUUUACCGAUUGUAUGACAAAUGGAAACUGGAUUACCGAGCUUUCUGUACCGGAAGCAUUGUCAGUGACGACAGGGUUUUGACUUCCGCACAUUGCUUUUAUACAAACAGAAAAAGGUUAAAGCGAAGCCUAGACAAAAUACGUGUUGUUGGUGGUAUACUCCACACCAUAGCUCAGCAGCCUCUUUCUCAUGAUGUACAGCAAUGGAGGAAUCCUAAACACGUCUAUACGCAACGUUUCUACAGAUUUCCAGCUUAUAAUUUAGCUGUCGUUGAGGUGAAUAAGAAGUGGGAAUUAAAUCAGUUUGUAAACAAGAUUCCAUAUUCUCUUAAAAAUUAUAAUUUUGAUGGAGUUUGUAUGGGUGUUCUUCUUAAGACUACAAAAAGUUGGUCAAUCGACAAGAGCCUAUUUACGGUCGAUUUAAAAGUGCACAAUCAACGUUCGUGUGAACGUCAGUUAUUGAGAAGUUGCUGGCAAUAUUAUUGCACUGAAUUCGAUGGAGCACUGGCAGCCACAGAAGCAGAAGGUGGUGGACUCGUCUGCUUUGGUACUGGGGACCCAGCUGAAGACGAAAAGAAGGGUGUAUUGGUUGGUGUGACGUCACUCAUCAAUCGAAACCUUCCCAGCCUGCACGUCCGCACCGGUAUCUUUCACAAAUGGGUGACAGAUACAUCCUCCACUUUGAAAUUCCAUACAAAUAUACUCGUUAUAUGUAUUAUGUUUUCUCAGUAA